GUUGAGAGUGAUCGAUACUCCUCGCUCAAGCCUUACUCGGCGAAGGAACGCGCCGGAGUGUCCCACCCAGAGAACACGUCGUGGCCAGCGCCCGGGCGGCUCGACGCGGCCCCGGCGCGAGAGAGGCCAGCGUUCACCAAGCCGUGCUGGCAGAGCGAUGGCAGAGGACAGCACCCCGGCUGCCCCGGAGGGCACGGGAGGGCUCUGGGAGGCCCUGAGGGCGCUGCUGCCCCGCACGCAGGAAGAGCUGAAGCUGGACCUCGGUGAGCACGUGGAGGCCGGGGUGGUGCUGCUGCUGCAGCGGGCCACGCAGCUGUUCUAUGCAGGCCAGAGGCAUGAGUGUCUGGAGACCAGCGAGGUGCUCCUCGACUACACCUGGGAGAGGCUCAACACCGGGCCAUGGAAGGACGUUCACAAAGACUGGAGGCGGGUCUACGCAUUCAGCUGCCUCCUGAAAGCUGUGUGUCUGUGCCAGGCACCUGCCGACGCCGCCAGCGUGGACGCCGCCAGCGUGGACGCCGCCCUGAAGGUCUGCGACAUGGGCCUUCUGAUGGGGGCGGCCAUCCUGGGGGACAUCCUCAUUAAGGUCGCCGCCAUCCUCCAGACACACCUGCUCUCUAGAAAAAGAGCUGUGCCAGGCCCUGCCCUGGAGCAGCCCAGCCGGAAGAAAGCAAGGAAUGACGACGUUUCGAUUCCAGAUACGGAGUCAGAAAAAGCGGUCCCUCGGCUGCGCUGCCCAUCCCUCCAGUAUUUCAGGGAGCAUUUCCUGGUUCCCGGGAGGCCUGUGAUCUUGGAAGGCGUGGCGGACCACUGGCCCUGCAUGAGGAAGUGGAGCCUGGAGUACAUCCAAGAGGUCGCCGGCUGCCGCACCGUCCCAGUGGAAGUCGGGUCAAGGUACACAGACGAGGAAUGGUCCCAGAGGCUCAUGACGGUCAGCGAGUUCAUCAGCACAUACAUCACCAGCGAGCCCAAGGACGUCGGGUACCUUGCUCAGCACCAGCUCUUUGAUCAGAUCCCGGAGCUGAAGCAGGACAUCAGCAUCCCGGAUUACUGCUGCCUGGGCAGUGGGGAGGAAGAGGAGAUCACCAUUAACGCCUGGUUUGGCCCCAGAGGAACUGUCUCCCCGCUCCAUCAGGAUCCCCAGCAAAAUUUCCUUGCCCAGGUGAUGGGGAGGAAGUACAUCCGGCUGUAUGCCCCGCAGGAGUCAGAGGCUUUAUACCCUCACGACACACACCUUCUUCAUAACACCAGCCAGGUUGACGUGGAGAAGCCUGACCUGGAAAAGUUCCCCAAGUUUGCAGAGGCCCCCUUCCAGUCCUGCAUCCUGUCUCCCGGGGAUAUCCUGUUUAUCCCAGUCAAAUACUGGCAUUAUGUGCGAGCCCUGGAUCUCAGCUUUUCGGUCAGCUUCUGGUGGUCAUAGCCAGGAUGAGAGCGCGCGCUCAGUGCAGACGGUGCUGCGGGCUCUCUCCUGCUCCUUGGCCCGCCUGGCGCCGGGAUUAGGCAAGCCAGGUGGAGCCCGUGCCCUGAAGAGCCUUGGCUGGUGCUGAGCUCAGGCACCAGGCCGAGGGCGGCCCAGGCAGUGGCGGUCUCCUGACAGGCAUACACAGCAGAGGAAGACGGGUGAGACCCCAGGACAUUGCAGGUAACAAGGCCCAGGGGCAUUGUCUGGGCUCUAAAAUUAGCUGCCUGGACUCAGACCCAGCCAUGUAAGUGAACUGUUAUGUGACCUGGGAAAAGAUAUUUCUCUGUGCUGGGGAAGAGGGCAGCACUGGUCCCCACCACAGAGGGUUCCAGAGGGAAUGCAUGCAGGGCCGCUGCUGCACUGCCAAUGUUCACUGCUGUCUGCAAGCUUAAGUAUGUUACUAUUUGCCAUGACUGGGCCUGUGAGGAGCCCCCUUGACUGGAAAUAGUGGCCCUGGUCACUGCUGAGGGUUUCCCUGACUUACCCAUCUCCUGUUGGACAAGGGGAAGUCCGGGAGCCUUGUUGCUGUCAUUGCGGAGUACCCUGCCUCCCGAGAUUGGCACAACCGUCCAGCUUGAUGAACUGUCAGCCAUGCACCCUCCCUAUAACUGGUUUCUGAAUUGAGAAACCACCACUCCUGGCACCCCGAAGCCCUCCGCCUUCCCCUUGCAAGCUCCAUCCCUCCAGGGGUUGCUGCCAUCUAGGUCUGGACUUGGAUGACAUUCACCACAUGCUGCAAGGUGAAGAGUGAAGUACUGCAAGCCACCAUAACAGAUCUUAAAAGCUAAUAAAUCUAAAAUGAAGAACAGCUAUCUUUAUUAGAUCCAAAAAUAGGCAGGUUAAACCCAAUACCAACAAAACUAGCAGGUUUCAGCCUCAUACACUUGGUGUGGAAGAGGGUAGCAUGUCCUGCUAGCUGGACUCCAAAUGACAGAACUAUAGCAGAAACACUGUACAGCUUUGGGUCUUGUGACCCCACUUUUAGAAGAAUUUGAAGGAGACAUCAGUAAGAUGUAAGAAAAACACUGCUGGUCUCCUUUACCUGCACUUGAUACUGUGAAACUGCUGUGUAUGUGUUUGGGGGGGGGGCUUGCAAGGGGUCCCACACUUAAGUGAUUCUGCAGUGCCAGCCAGGUGUCCUGCAACUGACAUUUGUAACCACACUCUGAGGGGAGAACAGCCUGCUUUCCCCAGUUCCUCACAGAGAAGCUGAUCUCAGAAGGGAGAACUGCGUGUUGGCAGCAAUCAGCGUGGCAUGUGGAAACCAUGUAUGCUGGCCACAUGGAGGAGGUGUGGAUGGGACUGGGAAGUAGAGGCCUCUGCUAGAUCUGGAAGGAUGCCAAGGAGACGGAGGGAGGGUGGGCAGGCCUUAGGGUACAUAGUUGCGUGAGUUUGGGACAACAGGCAGCAGGGUGGGAUGGGAAAGUGAAACGGGGUGAAAUGGAAGGUAUAACAGGUCUAAAGGAUGCAGGCCCUGACUGCCACAUGGGAUGAGACUCGCAUUACAGUGGCCACAUGAAGCAACUUUCCAUGGUGAGGUGACAUGCUGGCCAUUAGCUGUCUGAGGAGUAGUCUUCUGGUCUGGUUCCAUAUGCUUUCCAGAACUGUUUUUGUGAUUUGGACUUUUAAAUUGCUGCCAUAACAAUAGGCCUUUGGGGGAGGAGCCACACCUUACUAUAUGAGGCAGCCUUCCAAAGUGACCCCAUGACUUGUUUCAGACACCAGCUCCUCAGAUACUGGGUCCUUGUCCCACCCCACCUGCCAUCCCCAGGCCCAUGCAGACCAGUUGCCAGGAGGGUCUAGAUUGUGGGGAGUUCAGAUCAGGGCUCCCAGAAGUCCAGGAUGGGCUGGCCAGUGUUGGUGGGACAAGUGGCUGAAGGCAAGCCGCCCUGGACCAGUGCUGUACAGGAGCUCUGCCAGCUUCACCUAUGGGGCCCAACCGGGCUGGUACCAAGAUAGCAACAGGAGACAAGCCUCCUGCAGAGGGGCAGGACUACUGACUAAGGCUGCAGCAGCAACUUAAUAAGUUUUAUUCCAAACCUGUUAGUGAACACAAAGCAUAAAGGUGUGAACGGUGAGACUGCAGUCUCUUCCAAACAGGGCCCCACGGACUGCUUCCCUGAAGGCAACGAGCCCCUGCUCCAAUUAGUGCUGCCUGGAUCGCAAGGACUUCUUGUUCGGCCUGGAGACACCAGCCUCCCUCUCCUUCUCAGGGUCGAAGACCUCUGUACACAGAAAAGGCCAGGAAUACUGUGAGUGGUGGGCUACUACACACAAAACAGCAGUCCAGGUCCACAGCUACAAUUUGUGUGCCUUAGCCUAGGUCUGUAAUGGUCUUCACUGCUGGCCCUUCCUGCACACCGUGCGAGGAAGGCCGUCAGCCCAGUUCACACAGAGCAGUGGCUGCUGCUUUCACACCCCCACCAGGCUUAUUUAGCCAGACUCUUGUGGGUCCUGGAAUUUCUAUCGGGUUCUGGAGAGAGCCCUCUAGAACUGGGCAAGCAAGCCAGCAUGCAAUUACUGCAGAAGCCACAGCAGCUGUGGGUUUCGGGCCCAGGCAACCAUGCCUACACAUUUGGAACCCUGGUCUCAGCACUCCCUGAGUGCCACAGAAGGUCAGGGCCCAGGCUUAUCCUGCCCACCCAGCCCCUUCUGGUAUCCUGCACCUGAAGGACACAAACCUGGUAUCUCGUGGGGCCAAUAAUCAUUACAGUGGGGGCAGCGGGGCUCAGAAUUCGACUGGAAAUACUUAGCCACACAAGGUAAGUGCAUGCGGAUGCCACAGGUCUCGCAGCUUUGACCCUGAAACAAGAACGGCUGAUAGCCAUGGAGCCUUAUACACAUCAGUGUUCACAACCCUUCAGGAAAUAGAAGAAAAUGUACAGCAGGCUGUUUUUGCCUUCUAGGCCCCAGAUUAACGCUGAUGAUAACCGAAAGUCCUCAGUGCUAUGGGUUUUAUUAAAGAAUCCUGAACGAAUAAAUGCAGGUAGAAGGACGACAAGACUGUAAAGGCUAGGCUCAGAGAGCAGCAGGGCCACUACUGGCUAAAAGACUUUGGGGGAGCCUUUCAAGAGUAAAAUAAAAUUCAAAGAGCCUUGGACUAGAAUAGAGGGGCCAUAGUCAUCCUUGAACAGCAGCAACAUGCCCUACAUUUUGCUCAGGUCAGAGUUGGUAAGAGCAAUGGUGAUGCCUGUGCCCUUGAGAGAAUUCCAGAAAGAACCCAUGCAAAGACGGGAGCCCCUCACAGUACCUGGAUGAGGAGGCCAUGGCAGAUGUUGCAGGUCUUGGCAGCGUCGGGACGCGUCUCCCGGAUGUACUGCUCCAUCUCCAAGAUGGCCCGGCCAUGUAGCGUGAACUCCCCUUCCUUCUGCAGGAUGGAAAAUAGGUGGCCACCGCUUAAGCCAUGGGCAUGUGAGGCCCAGUCCCACCAUCCCUCUGUCCCCCCGAGUCCCACAGCCCAAGGUCCAGACACAAGGUCUGGGUGCCCCUCGCUCUGCAGAUUUUCAUCAGCCCUACUUAUUAGCAGGCACCCAGACUGGCCCCCUGAGUGUCUCAAGUGGGAAAAUUUAGGCAAAGACACAAAGAGGAAAUCGAGACACUCCUCCACAACCCCACUCCCUCAUUUCUCAGCACCUUUUGCCUUCACAAACAUGAAUCAUGAAUCUGCAUAGCUGUCACAUGUGGAAGCCACUGUCACAGAUGAGGGCACAAAGGCCAAGAAAGGGAGACGGGCAGUGUCCUCAAGGGGUGAGCCCAAGGCAACCUCCACACCCCUCCCUCCCACUCCCAGAGAGCAGAAAAUCAGGUGCCUCCCAGCAUCUGCCUGGAGCCUUAGUGGAUAUUACUUCUGGCCACUUCACUUGACAAAGUGGGAAACAGUACAGAUAGGUAGGGACAACUCUCAAAUCACACCAAGGAGGUCAAAGAUGGUGGGGCCUCCCGGUUCCCACAUCCCCGCCCAGCUCACACACCAUGUGAACGAAAGCUCUGGGAAAACCAGAAAGUGGGUAAAUAGCUGGGCUGUGGGCUGACCCUUAUGGCCCUAUGGCCAAGUCACAGGCAGGGGGGCAGGGCACCAAGGAAAGCUAGAUGGAGUCAAAUUUCACAGAAGCCCCUUCAAAGUUUAUUUCAUUUCAUCAAAGUACUCACAAACUGGACAUGAACCUGUAAAGAGCUUUUUCAGAGCUGGCUGAUCAACUUCCCUGAUGGGAAGGACAGAGCAAUUUUGUCAGGGGUGGGAGCCACUGAAGAUGGAGGCACCCAAGUGUCCCUGCACUUACCCGUUAGUUUCAAAUUUUUACAAGCAAGACUGUUUCUCCCAUUUCUGAGCGCACCCCACCCUCCUGUUCCUACCUCCACCAGCAUAUGGAGUGCUGAAUAUAACCAAGCCAGGGAGGCUCAUUCACUCAGGCCACCAAUGGUGGGGUCAGGUGACCACACAGAGGGGGAGAAGGUACAAAUAGGUACUGAGAAUCCAAGCCACAAGCAGAUUGCAGGGAGCAGGAGAGGGCAGGUGGGAAGCAGCCCAGUGCAUAAGGUACUGGUGUCCUGUACCUUGGGCUGAUGAACCAGGCAGGAAGUGGACGACAGAGGUUUUGGGCCCCUCAGGUGCUGUGUGCAUGGGAGGAUGUAGCUAACUGGGUCCAGUGAUUACUACCUUCUCCAGAGCUCCCAAAUCCGUAACAGCACUGCAUCCCCAGGACCGCCACUCUAAUCCACCUUCCCCUCCUAACUGCACUGAGCCCACAUGUGGCCCACUAUAGCAUCCUGGUCUCUGAGAGACCCUAUGCCUCUCUGCCUCAACCCUGCUCACCAUUCUUAGGAUGAGCAUCCCUUGGUGGGACCCAUCUCCCAGGCUCACCUGCCCCACUUGCCCCUGCAACCCUGGUGCACAAAGCUUCCUGGUCCGAGUCCCCUGAGCAUACUGUACCCCUCAGGCACAGGACCUUUGUUUGCACAGGCUGCUUCAUCUACUGGGAUAAUCUUCCCUACCCCCAAUUCCAGCUGCCUCCUACACAGCCUUCAGCUUGAGGUCACUUCCUCAGUUGAGGAUUACUUUCAUUGUUAAAGCUGUCAUAAAAUUAUUUCCUUCCUUACUGUAACUCCACUCACUAGAUGUCUGACUCAUCUCUGUCUCCCCAGGAGACUGUAAGCCCCAGGCCUGGUUUUGCUCAGUCUUGUGUCCCCAGCCUUUGGUGUACCAGCACUUGACAUUCCCAUGAUCAACUUCUAAGAGAAGAUUAAGUAGAUCUUGCAGUGAAUUCCAAGGAGGAAUUCCCAGCGCCCUACUGAAAAAGUUCAAAUUCAGUGUCAGGCAUAAGCUGCAUUUACUCAACACUUACUAUGUGCCGAAACUAUGCCCAGAGGUUGUCAUUCAUGACCCCAUUAAGUUAUCACAGGGAAGGGAAGAGAGGUACCCUGGUCUCCCAGGAAGACCCAGGCCACUUGCCAAAGUUAGUAGCAGAAUAGUCAGAGGAGGAACUGGAGGUGUGUCUCACCACCCUGCUCCCCAUCUCCACUGGUUUGUCCCUUCUUCCAUGGGAAGCCUGAGCGGGUCAGUCAACAAGAAGACUCCCAUGCUGAGGCUGGCAAGUGUAUACCUGUAGCUUGCUCACCUGACAGCUCACGAGCCUCAGAGACCCAGCAUCGCACAGAAGCUUACGAUGAGUGUGCUGAGAAGCAGAGAAGGCAGGAGCCUGGAACAGAGCUCAAGUACAACAGACUCCAGAGGUCUGCUCCCUCCUAUGUGCCCAGCCUCUCUGAGCAGCAAAAGGCUGGGGCAGAGGAAACUUCUAACAAUAAAGUCGGGUACACUGCAAUACUGCAACCAGGGCCCGAUAGUGCCAGAGUGUGCUAAAGUACACAGCUUGCAGGUUCACAGCAGGAACAGCAGAUGUCCCAGAAGUGAGUGCUUAGCUCGAGGUGGAAGGGUAACAGGCGAUGUCAUUGUUUUUUUGUCAGUAUAGAUUUUUUCCAAGGAACAAGUAUUACAUGUAUCAUUUUGGAGUAAGUUUUAAAUUAAUUCUGUUCCUCUGGAACUUUAUCCACAUGCCCAAACAUCCUUUCAGCAAGCAUGUAUUGGUGCCUCAGGUGUAAUAAGGUACAACAGUAAAGAAGGUACCAUAGGCCUGCUUUUUAAAAGCCUGGCCCAAAAAGAAGCUAUGGUCAAGUAUAACCCCAGCUGCCGGAGAUGUUUCAUACAGCCAAAUCCACCCCAGAAAGGAAAAACUGUGAGAAAGUAAUUGAUCAGGAGCUACGAUCACCCAAGCCAGGGCCUAGCCAUGGCUCUGGCACUUACUGUGUAUGACAUAUCAACCAGACCAUAGAGCUAGAGUUGUUUAGCUAAAACCGGAGCUCAGGAACUAUCAUCACAGGCAGUGGCGAGGACCCAAGAAUAUGACAUGUACAUCCAUGCCAGAGAUCCUGGUGCUCACUGGGAGAUCCCCAUCACCCUGGCCCUCACUCCUAUGUCCUCCAACCAUCUUUCUUCCAUCAGGAAAGUACCUCAGGAACCAAAUCUUUUUGAGGAAGCUGCCAGGGAUGACCCCAACCCCCACUCUACCAACCCAGAGAGCAGAAACUUAGAACAUUGUGACCACAUUACAAGAGGCAAGCUCUCCCUGAAAAGGAAGUGAAGAACUGUGUGAGGCAUACGCAGCAACCUCCAGCCACAGGUCUGGCCAGGUAAGGAAGUUGAGCGCUGAUCUGAGCAUGUCCUCCAGACACAGGCAUUUGAUGGGGCAGCACUGUGGCAAAAGGGGCAUGAGUUGAGCCUGUCUGACCUCAGUUUGUUGGAAAUAUUGGUGCCUUUGUGGAAAAAGAAGUGAAACAUCUGUUCUACUCCCAUCAGAAUUAGACAGGGACAUGUAGAAACGUGUCCCUUCAAAUUUCCAGGGAUCCUCUCCAAAAGUUUCCCUACACAUCCUCUUUGCUCCUUAAGGGCCCCUGUCUAAAUCAAAGAACCAGAGUACUGGCCCCCACUAAUAUUAACGCUGACAGCAGUAAUUAUGACGACGACAGCAAUUUCUUUGCGUGCCCAGCCCAGGCACUUCCUCUGCACUGUCUCACUCUGCUAGUACAGUGUACCCCAGGAGGUAGAUACUAUUUCUCCCCCUCACAAAUGGGGAAUGCCAGGACACUUGGACCAGGAUUUAAGUGAAGGUCUGACGUGAGAUCAAUGCCCUUAAUACUGCACUAAGCUGCCUCACAGUCUAGGACCAGAAGCUUGAACUCUGGAGCCCUCAAACCUGGGUGCAACCCCUGGCACUGCCACUCUGGCUGUGGCUCCCUCGACAGGUCAUGUGCCUCAACAGAAGGCUCCCAAUUCCCCCACACAGGGUCACUAUGUACAUUAAAUCAGAGAAGGAACCUGAAAGGGCUGGCUCAAAAGACAUCAGUUGGAUACAAUAUGGUCUUGGAGGAAAAACUGUUAUUCACUCUGAAAAGAGAAAGUACCUCAAUCAGCCACUUGUUUUGUACAAACUUUUGUAGCACUUGCUCAGCUUCCUUCUUCCUCAUCUUCUUGCCUUUAAGUUGAUCAACCAGGUUCAAAAUAUUUGUGGAAGAUGCAAAACCAGUUUCAGAAUCUAUAAUGAGUUCCAACUAGAAAAAAUAGCAUGUAUACAUUCAUCUAAUAAAUCCACUGAAAACAACUUUUAAGUACUAAUACCAACUCUUUCCAGGGAUGUAAUAAUUUGAUCAUAUAACAGGCAGAAUUGUAUACAGGUAUGAUCAUUCAGAAAAACAAUGUAACUAUAAAUGCCAAAAACUAUAAACAUACUGUCUUUUUUACUAGAUGUUUUCCCCUAUAACAUAAUACAAAAUGAGUAUCUUAAUGAAGAUCAUCUCUCUUGGCCCCCACCCUCCCCUGUAGGUAGAGAGGCUAAGAAAUGAGUAAGUGAAUGAAUGAAAAUGCAUAAGAUGGUGGGCCUCCCUGGUGGUGCAAGGGGUUAAGAUGCAACCUAUGAAGCUAUCCGUAGCCUCUGC